GCAAAAGCAUCCUUCUCUUCCGACAACCACCGACGAUAAUACACUGUCACCGAAUCCAACAUCUCGCGACCUUAAAUCUUUUCUCUUCUCUUCUCCCAACACUGCUUAACGUAACCAUUCAUGAGGCCCAAGAUGCAGAAGAUCUUCAGCCUAAAGCUCCUCAUCUCCGUUCUCUUCCUCCUCUUCGUGCUCUACUGGGUGAUGUCUCCUUCAUCCUUUCGGCUCCAGCAACAAGCUUUAUCCGUUCCAUCAACACCACCUUCGUGCACCAAGCUUCCGCCCUCCUUGGCGGACGCCAUCCUCCACUACGCCACCCUCAACAUCACUCCCCAGCAAACCAUCGACGAGAUCUCCGUCGCAGCUCGAGUCCUGCGGGAGAAGUCCCCGUGCAACUUCCUGGUCUUCGGCCUCGGCCACGACAGCCUCAUGUGGAGCGCGCUCAACCACGGCGGCCGCACCUUGUUCCUCGAGGAAGACGAGGGGUGGAUCGAGGCCUGGCGGCUGCGGCUGCUCCCGGUGGUAGCGGAGACCUACCACGUCAAGUACGACACGAGGGUGAGCGAGGCGGAGCAGCUGCUGGAGUUGGGCGCGCGGGCGGACUGCAAGGCCGUCGGCGACUUGAGGCGGUCCGGGUGCCGGUUGGCGCUGAAGCAAUUGCCGCCCGUGUUCUACGAGGUGGAGUGGGACCUGAUCAUGGUGGACGCGCCCACCGGGUACCACGCCGGCGCUCCGGGGAGGAUGGCGGCGAUAUACACGGCCGGCGUGGCGGCGAGGUGGAGGAAGGAGGGGAAGACGGAGGUGUUCGUGCAUGAUGUGGAUCGAGCCGUGGAGGACAGGUUCUCCAAGGCCUUCCUGUGCGAGGGGUACAUGAAGCACGAGGAGGGGCGGUUGAGGCAUUUCACCAUUCCCAGCCACAGGGCCAACACGGAGCGGCCAUUUUGCCCUCCAUAGCGACCAUGAAUCGUCUCUCACCUUCACACACCACCUUGUUUCCUACGCAUUUCCCAUUCUCCCUCAUCGCUCUUUUGUUUUAGUUCUUCCUCGUCGAUUCCAAUAGGCAUUUGACACAGAAGAUUCUAAUUAUCGAGCAAUGUUGUCUUACGAUUCUUUCUUAUAAAGAUGUUAAAGACAUAUAAUUCGAAUUCA